AUGGAAUCAAGAAAAAUGAAGACAAAUUUAACUUCAUGUUCUCCUUCGCCAUUACCAAAUCCUUCGUCAACUUCAGUCUUUAAGGACUUGUUGAAUUUCAAAACCCCAAAUCAGGCCUCACGAACCCUUAGUUUCCAGUCUAGUCCGUAUUCCCAGCAACCCAAGUUCUUCACUGCCUCAAAAAACACCCCCGUCUCCCAUUCACGACGCGGCUUGAAAACCUCAUCUUUGAAAUCGAAGAUGGCACAGAGAUUAAAGGCAUUUGAGCUCGAGCAAUACAAGUCGGCAAGGAAGUCGGGCAAAGUCUAUAUCCAGAGAUGUAAUUCUUCAAACUCAUCCUCGUCGACUUCAGAGAAUAAGCAGCAAAAGGUGAAAUCAGUAGCAAAGUUUCAAGAUCUCAACUUCCCUCCGGCAUCAAAUGAGCCAUUAAAUCUUUUUGAUGAUGCCGGUUUAGGCUUAAAGCUGGUUCCAUCAACUACCUCAUCGCCUUCAUCGUCCAAUUAUCAAAGUGUAUGCACUCUAGACAAAGUGAAGUCCGCACUUGAGAGGGCAGAGAAAGAACAGUUUAGGAAGCGCUCAAUAUCAAUGUCGAAAUCGUCAACACCGCCUUCAAAUUCUUCGUCCUCGGUUAAAGAUAGUGAUAUUGAUCAUGAAGAGAAGUCAUCCUGCUCGUUGGCUGCUGGUUGUCCCAGUUGUCUAAUUUAUGUGCUUAUAUCAAAGAGCAACCCAAAAUGCCCACGAUGCAACGGUGUUGUUCCUUCGCCCGUGGCAGUCAAGAAACCUCGAAUUGAUCUUAACAUAUCUAUUUAA